AUGCCGGCGUUAUUGCCAGGAGGCGGGGCAUCCUACACCGAGAGCCACAGCUACCACUCGAGAACAAAGGCGGAGACAUGGCUCCCUCGGCUGAUGCUAGGGGCGCUGGUGGCCAUGGGAAUAGGGAGUACCAUCGGGGCGUCGCUAUCAGGGGUUGUAUUUGGGAGCGCGGGGGAUCUGAAGAGGGAAGGGGUGGGUAUUGCGCAGAGUUUUGUGCUGUUUGCUUCGAUAUUAUCCUUCUUUUACAUCAUCCUCCAUUUCCUUGCCGCCAAGAAGGGCGACAGCCUCUACCUCAACUUUGACCCUCCCAUCCCGAGCUUCAAGCACCAGCUUCAUGCCUGGGCUGGGGUGGUGAUACGGUUGGCGGUGGUGAUGUGGAGCAGUGCUAUUAUUGCCGUUGCGGUGGGGAUAUACCAUGGGGGAGGGGGGCAUAGGACGGUGAGGUUGAACCUGGAUAUGUUUGCGUGUUCGUUGGGGGUGGUUUUUGGGAGUGUGGUUAUGGUUGUGGUGCAUGUGGCUAGUAGGCCGUUUGAUAUCCCGGGGAUGUCGUCGAGGAAUGAGGAGAUUGACAGUGAGGAGGAGUACGAUGAGAAGCAGGCGAGGGGAUCAUACAGCACUUCUGGUGAUGGGAGGGAUGGCAUAACGGAUGAAAGCACUAUACGGGCGACGCCCCCGGGAUUCAAGAGCCAUCGGCCGAAAAUGCCGUCAAAGUCUGCGUCUAAUAUCAGUGGGUCGAGCUUGCCAAGCAGGAUGAGGUCUGGAAAGAUGGGAAGGGUGAGGAGGUAUAUCCUUCAGGCACCUGCUCCGGCUGUUCUGGCGCUGGUGAAGAGUCCUGAGCUGAGUCGUCCGGGUCGUGUGCCGACACCGGAGAGUCCUAUUGGGCCGCCGCAGAGGGAUAGUCAGAGGUUGGAGGAGUUGUUGGUUCCGAGGGCGUCGGCUUCUGAUUCAUAUUUUACGGCGAGCUCGCCUACUUUGAUGCAGAGGGCGGAUCCGAUGCAGGAGAUGCCUGGGGGGAAGGGCGAGAGGCCGGUUUCGCCGGACACGGUGAUUUAUGCUCCGAGGCCUGCGACGACGGUUAGGUUGAAUCGGAGGAAGAAUAACCUAAGCGCGGCAGAAGGGAGUGAGCUGCCUUUUCCGACUACACCAUCUCCACCACCUCCGCCGCCCCCACCAGCGCCGGCGACGACAGCACCACCGCGUCCGAGUGUGCAUACCAUUCCAGGCUCGUGGGAAAUACAUCAUGAACCUUGAUGGGCAUGGUGGACAUGGCAACUUCAUUUGAUACAGGUUGCUUAUUUCAGGCCUACCUAGCAUUUCACCAAGCACACAUAUGAUCAAUUUUCAUGACGACUUAGUAUUCAUCAUUGAUGCACAAUGAUACCUUCAUUUCGCUCCCUCCCUUUUGCUGCCAAGAUUCGGCCGCUCGCCAAGAAACAAGCACUAAGUUGAUGGAGUUGCAAUCCGAUUCAUUUGGGUUUCGGCAUUUUUAUCUGACGUUUUGUGGGGUUCUUUUAUCUGUGGUGGUACCUUUUUCGUCCGAAAGUUUUUCAGGGCUGUCACCUGAACUAUGAUAUAUCGUUCAUCUGAUCAUCACUGACAGACAACAACAUUGAGCUACUUGCACUAUGUGCGGUGUUCAUCGAGGACCGUGUUUCAGCCCACGCAUUUGUGUGUGGCAGUCGAGCUGACUCACAAUGCCCUUUAAGGUUUUUAAUCGAUAUUCCACAGCUAUUUACUUAUAGGCAUCUUUGCUGUCUGUGAAUGCCUUUGUCCAACGUAGCAGUCACCAUUCUUCGGUCCACAACGUGCCCAGCAGCACUUUGGUUUAGGUUUUGAACAUAUAUUCAAGUCCUAAAACACCACAAUCCGAAUUCCCUUCAUCAGCAUGCUCCAUCAAUUAAUUGAAUGCCUCAAUCCGAAUUGUAUUUAUAAUCCA